AUGGAGUGUGGUCAAGUUGAUGCCGACAAGAAGACCUACAUCUCCAUCGUAGCCCCAUACACUAUUGGCUAUGAAGUUGAGAGUAUGACACGACUUGAACUCACCAAGCGCGUGGACUCUUUUCUAAAAGACCUCAGUUACCGUACCCCGCUCGAACAAUUGGAUACGGUUGAGGCUAACCCGGGACUUAUGCUCCCGGCUAUGGCGUCUAAAGAUCGCCUAGACACUCUCGCCCAUUACCGAAGUGUCUGUCGUCUUUUGGCUCACACUCGUCCUGGUACGAGUGUGGCUCAGUCGCAAUGUUCAAGGGUUCUUCAUGAGACGGGCAAGGCAAAGACCAUGCUCAAAAACCUUUUGGGUCAUGGGCCUCCAAUUUUGGCUCAAGACAAGAAGGCUCUUUUUGCUCCUUCAAGCUGGGAUUUGGUUCUUCAUAUUAUGGCACCGACGGUAUAUCAUGACCCUAUCAAGCUGUUCGUCCUCAUGGGUACUAUCCCGGACUUUCCCUUCGAUUUGAAGGUUCCGCUGCUUUCGGAUAACACUCUUUGA